AUGCUCAAGAAAAGGUUCGUGGCCUAUCAAGAGAACAAGAUCCCCAGUAGCUCUCUGUCGCGCGAGUACUGGGCAUAUGCCGCCGAAAAGAUUGGCAUGAUCAACACAGACUAUGGCAUCACAAUCACAGAAGAGUCCUUGGCCGCGGCAAAUGCCAUGAACACCUUUGGAACGACACCAGAACACAUAGGCGCAAUGCAGGCCGAAGGUCGCGAGAGCAUAAUGUUGGUUCGUUCCAGUGAUCAGCGCACACUUUCGCCCUAUCUAUACCUCCUCAUGAACCAAGUCGAAGAAUGCUACUUGUUGGAACCGGAACGAGUUGGGAAACGUAAGGAAGCGCCAGUCGGAUUGACGGGGUUUGGCUGCAAGUACUGUAUCAAGGCAGGACGCCUUGGGUUUUGCCGCGUGUUUCCGCUCAACAAGCGCAGCAUGCCCAUGAAAGUUAACGAUAUUUAUCAGCACUUUCAGCGCUGUCCUUUGACGCCAGCAGACAUGCGAAACACGCUUCGUGAAUUGAAGCGAGCAGCGACCAAGCCUCCACUCAACGACCGGGAUCGUGAAUUCGUGGAUCAACUGUGGAUGAAGUUGGGGCGAACGGGCUCUCAGAUUACACCCACAGGUUGA